UAACGCCCACGUACAGCCAAAAAAAUUUGAAACCAGGCAAGAAAAGAUUGUACAGCGCGUCGAAUCCCUUGCGUUCUACCUCUUUUCUCUGCAACUAAUAUUCAACAUGGUGUCCAAGAAACAGAAGUUUGUUGCUGACGGCGUCUUCUACGCUGAGCUUAACGAGUUCUUCCAGCGCGAGCUGGCUCUCGAGGGCUACUCGGGCUGCGAGGUCCGUGUUACCCCCGCUCGCACUGAGAUCAUUAUCCGUGCCACCCACACCCAGGAGGUUCUCGGUGUCAAGGGUCGCCGCAUCCGCGAGCUGACCACCAUUGUGCAGAAGCGUUUUAACUUCCCCGAGGGCACCGUUGAGCUGUACGCCGAGAAGGUUGCCGCUCGCGGUCUUUGCGCUGUCACCCAGUGCGAGUCGCUCAAGUUCAAGCUCCUCCAGGGUCUUGCCGUCCGCCGCGCCGCCUACUCCGUUGUCCGUUACGUUAUGGAGUCGGGUGCCAAGGGUUGCGAGGUUGUUGUCUCAGGUAAGCUCCGCGCUGCUCGUGCCAAGGCCAUGAAGUUCAGCGAGGGCUUUAUGAUCCACUCGGGUAACCCCGCCAAGGAGUACAUCAACCACGCCGUUCGUCACGUCGAGAUGAAGCAGGGUGUCCUCGGUAUCAAGGUUAAGAUUAUGCUUGACUGCGAUCCCACUGGACGUGUUGGCCCCAAGAACCCCCUGCCCGAUAUUGUCACCAUCCUCAACAACGACGCCAAGGACGAGGCCCCCACCAACGGCCCCGUUUCCGAGUCCAAGAUCCCCGCUGUUGAGGCCGCCCCUGUUGCUGAGGCUGCCCCCGCCGCCGAGGCUCCCGUCGCCGAGGCUUUCUAAAAUGGGUCGUAUUUUGGUCACCACUAAACAAUUUUACAUAUUUCUUCGGAAUUGAAAACCCCUCAUUUUUAAAAAAAAAU